AUGACCUCUCCAAACAAAGAAAAUCCAUUUCUUAAACAACAACAAACCAACACUCAAUCACAACCACAAACAUGUCAACCUCAAAGUAAUCAAUACAUCACUUUAGAAAUAAUGAAUGACAUGGAUUUGGGAAAUAUUCUCGAGUAUUGUAAAAAUUCUUUCCAAAAGGAAGAUUCAUACUUUGCGAAAGUUGUGUUAUUAAUAUCUCAAAAGUAUUUUCUGUCCAUGCAAAAUGAAAAAGAACAAAUACAAAGAGACUUACAAGUUGUAAAACAAGUGGACACUUUCAACGAAAGUGAAUUUUAUUUAGACAAACAGUCCAACGAUGAUGGUGAUGACGAAAGUUUGGAAAAUGAGAAACAAAGUGAUAUCCAACAAACUGAAGAACACGUUGUUGUUACAGAAACACAUCAAAACACACAACAAAUAGUCCAAAAUGAAAGUAAAACACAAUUUAGUUAUGAAGGACUGAGAAACGACUUUUCGUUGGCAGUCCGAUUUUUGAUUUCACAAAAUAUUUCACAAUUGAAGAAAUGUAGAGCUGGAGAUGUAGUGUAUGGGUCUAAUGAAGGAAUAAUUUUUCGAAAUAAAUUGUUAGAUAAAUUGAAAGGAAAACGAAACGUCUAUCUUUUUGUAUUAACAAAUGACAAGAACUUUUAUUGCUUUAAGCUUGGGAAUUUCCCAGAAGAAUUUGAAAAUGAUUGGCAUCAAGAUCCAAAUUUCACGAUAUUUCAAUUCAUGAUUAACGGGGAACAAUGCAAAUACACAUGGAAAAGCAAAAUAAAAAAGUCCUACGAAUUUAUUAAACCGGAAGAUUCAUGUAAAGAUAUAAUUUUUAAUUGCUGUUCAUUGUUUGAAUUAAAUUCGAAAAAAAACAUCCAUUGGAAUAGUGAGGAAUUUCCGAAUAAUUUUGAAUCGAUUGAAAAUGAUCAAUUUGAAAAGAAAGAUCUUAUUUAUGAUAACGAAGAAGAGGGUGUGGUCAACUUUUCAUUUGUUUCAAUAAAAUGA